UCUGUCAUGUUCCAGACAACUAACACUUCCCAAGACUCCUUUAUUCUCAUGGGCAUCCCUGGAUUUGAGGCCUCUCACAUCUGGAUCUCCAUUCCCUUUUGCUUCUUCUACACUAUCUCCAUUAUGGGCAACAUUACCAUCCUUGCUGUCAUCCGCACAGAGCCAUCUCUCCACCAGCCCAUGUACCUAUUUCUCUCCAUGCUGUCCCUGACUGACCUGGGUCUCACACUCACCACCCUGCCCACAGUCAUGCAGCUCCUCUGGUUCAAUGUCCAGGAAAUAAGCUUUGAAGCCUGCUUUGCACAGAUAUUUUUCAUUCAUACAUUCUCUUUCAUGGAAUCCUCUGUCCUUCUGGCCAUGUCCUAUGACCGCUAUGUGGCCAUCUGCCGCCCUCUCCAAUACUCUUCCAUCCUUACCAAUGAAGUCAUUGGCAGAAUUGGAGUAGCCAUCAUUUGUCGCUGUGUUCUGGCUGUUCUUCCAUCACUUUUCCUACUGAAGCGCCUGCCCUUCUGCCGAUCUCACCAGCUCUCUCACUCCUACUGCCUCCACCAGGAUAUGAUUCGCUUGGUCUGUGCUGACAUCAGGGUCAACAGUUGGUAUGGAUUUGCUCUUGUGUUGCUCAUUAUUGUGAUGGACCCAUUGCUCAUUGUGCUAUCUUAUGCAAUGAUCCUAAGAAGUGUUCUUAGUGUUACCUCUAAGAAUGAGAGAAUCCGCACCUUCAAUAACUGUCUGUCCCACAUUCUGGCUGUUUUGGUACUCUAUGUUCCCAUGGUUGGAGUAUCAAUGACUCAUCGAUUUGCUAAGCAUACCUCUCCAUUGGUCCAUGUUAUCAUGGCCAAUAUCUACUUGCUGGCUCCUCCUGUGAUGAACCCCAUCAUUUACAGUGUUAAAACCAAGCAAAUCCGCAAGGGAAUUAUUCAUUUUUUUUUUAAGAGAAACAUGCAUUUGAGAUGA